AUGUCAAAGCCUGCCGAUCAUAUCAAGAGACCCAUGAACGCGUUCAUGGUCUGGUCCCGAGGCCAGAGGAGGAAAAUGGCUCAGGAGAACCCCAAAAUGCACAACUCGGAAAUCAGCAAAAGACUUGGCGCCGAGUGGAAGCUGCUUUCAGAGUCUGAGAAGAGACCUUAUAUCGACGAGGCCAAGAGGUUGAGGGCGCAGCACAUGAAGGAGCACCCCGACUACAAGUACAGACCGAGGCGCAAACCCAAAAACCUGCUCAAGAAGGACCGGUAUGUUUUCCCUUUGCCUUACCUCGGGGACACCGAUCACCUGAAGGGACUCCCAGUUUCGGCUGCAGACUCUCUGUUGGGCUCCUCGGAGAAAGCCAGGGCAUUUCUGCCGCCGACAUCCGCCCCGUACUCCUUCCUUGACCCGAGUCAGUUCAGCUCCAGCGCCAUCCAGAAGAUGACGGAGAUGCCCCACACGUUGAGCACCAGCACUUUGCCCUACGCGUCCUCGUUGGGAUACCAGAACGGCGCGUUCGGCACCCUUGGGUGCCCCAGUCAGCACACCCACACCCACCCGUCGCCCACAAACCCGGGCUACGUCGUCCCGUGUAACUGCACAGCCUGGUCAGCUUCAAGUUUACAGCCCCCGGUGGCCUACAUACUUUUUCCAGGUAUGACCAAGACUGGGAUAGACCCAUAUUCAUCUGCACACGCCACUGCCAUGUAA